GUAUUUUAUACGCCGGCUUACGAUAGCAGUAUAGAGACGAAUGGUACUAUACUGGCGAGAAUAAUGGAAAGACGAUCAGAUUUUGAGACAUUAUCACGUCAACGAGAGCAAAUUUUUACGAGUACUUGGGCAUAUGGACUUGCCGAACUGACAGACAUUUUCAGAAUGGCCAAAUGGCUCACAACGGUUGAGGAUCGGUUCUGUGAAAGCCAAUUAAGUGAUUUGCGAGUGAUAAAUAAGCUGAAGCUUGAACGGUUUGAUGUGGGGAUAAACGAAGCACUAACGUUGUGUGGAUAUGCGCUAUUCAUGAAAGUAGGCAUCAAGAAACAAGUGUCUACAAUGCCAACAAACCUCAUCGAAAAAUUCGUUGAGCCGUUCGCGAUCGACAACAAUCCCAGUCAUGUUCCUGGUGUGCCACUCAUCUAG